AUUCCCGAAGGAGGGAGAGGUAAAUAUGGUAAACUCGGAACCAGGGAGACCAAUGGAACGAAUGUAACGCCUGGCGUUUUUAUUGCUUUCCUCGUGCAAAAUGGCGGGUUUAGAAAUUCUCUCGCCCGAAGGACUGCGAUUAGAUGGACGAAGAUCACACGAACUACGUAAAAUAGUGUGUAAAGCUGGUGUAUUUUCUAAGGCCGAUGGGUCAGCCUACAUAGAAAUGGGAAAUACUAAAGCACUAGCCACCGUGUACGGUCCCCAUGAGCCAACCAAUAAGUCCAAAGCAUUGCAUGACAAAGUGCUAUUGAACUGCCAGUUUGGUAUGGCAACUUUUAGUACUGGAGAAAGGAAAAGAAAACCAAGGGGAGAUAGGAAAUCGACUGAGCUUUCAAUGAUCAUUAGAAGGACGUUUGAAGCAGCAAUUUUGACUGAACUGUAUCCACGUUCGCAGAUAGAUAUUUUUGUUCAAGUACUCCAAGCUGAUGGAAGCAACCAGUCUGCAUGUAUCAAUGCUGUUACAUUAGCCUUAAUUGAUGCUGGUAUCCCAAUGAAGGAUUAUGUUAGUGCCUCAACUGUCAGCUUUGUUAACGACACCCCACUUAUGGACAUCAAUUAUCUGGAAGAAAGCUCUGGAGGUCCAAAGCUUAGUCUUGCAAUCCUUCCCAAGUCAGAAAAGAUUGUACUCUUUCAAAUGGACUCAAGACUUCACAUGGAUAACAUGGAAAAGGUUUUAAAUUUAGCAGUCAAAGGCUGUAAAGACAUCUAUACUUUGUUAAGAAGAACUAUUACAGAGAAGGCAGAAGAAGCCUCACAGUUUGUCAGCCUAACUCAAUGAUUUUUGUUUUAUCUGUCGAUGUGUACAAUUUUUUGAACUGGUAAUCUCUUCCAGUGAAGAAUAAAGAACUACCCUGUUUCAUUAUGACAUCACAGUAUAUUUCCAUCAGGAAAAGAUGGUCAGAAACAGUGGAAAUUUAAACCCAUUUAUAUUCUCUCCAAAAGUAGGACUUCAAUGUAUCAUGUUUUGAUAUAUGUAAGAAUGCUCAUGUACAUUUUAUAUGAUAUGCAGUCACUCUGAUCCCAUCUUUCGACCAUAAUCCUUAGCGUCAGAACAAUAGAAUGUUUUAAAUUGUAAUGUCGUGAUAAAAUAGGGCAAAAUUCAGUGCUUACAUUGUACAGUGUAGGAAAUGCAACUAGUUGUGAAUCUAUGACAAGAUAAGAAGACUGUUAGAAAUAUCAUUUAAUAUUUUAUGCAUACUUUCAUGCCCCACCUUACAGCUUCUAAGCAUUCACAUAAAAUCAUUAUUUAGCUUUAUAGUUCAUCCAGUGUAAUUUGGUAAUAAAAUUUUAUCAAAAUGAUGAAAUUGUGUGCGUAAAAUAAUUCAUUUGAUUUAUUUUUUGUUUGUCUUUAUUUCAUAUUUGCAGAAAAACACAUUUAUGGAAGAAAUCAAUAAUUGUGAAAUAUGACUCUACUUCAUAUCUUAUCUUCUCUCUUGUAGAUAGAAUAUGGUCCAUAUAAUAUUUUUUAAUAGGUACUUGAAGUGAAAGAUGUUUUAAUCAUUUAGGACCUACAUGUAUUACACAUUUGCAAUAGUUACAUUUGUACUAAUUCAAAUAAAUGGGGAAAAAAUAA